AUGGCUCUGGAUCCCGUCAAGCACAACCACAAAAAGGCUCAGGACAAUUUGGUUGCCCAUACUGGUGCUUGGACCCAAGCCGCUAGCUUCUCUCCCCCAAAGAGUAUUGUCAAGGUUGAGGAAAGAGCAGAGGACUCUAAGACUAAGGCUGAGAAAAAGGAUUGA